AUGAGGGUUCUGGAGUUCCACAGUCGGUUCAACAACCAACUGGCUCACGAAAGGGCGCUGCUUGAGCUGUUGGAGUUGGAACACGAAAGGGUGCAAGGUGAGGUCACUCAGGCCGAACGCAAGGGUUUGCCGCCGCCCGAUCUGGAAAAGACAAAAUACGAGGAGGAACGAGAGAGUCUCUUGGUCCAACUCCGCCUUCACCAGGACUCGCCACUCACCCGAAGUAACUGUGAGGCACAAUGCACUCCAGACUCUGCUGGAGCUGCGUCAAGUCCCACUAGCGGGCCUUGCGCUGAAAAUCACUUACCAAACUUCUUUUUAAACUCCUCUACGGACAAUCUUGUCCAUCCUUCCCGCUCCGAGGGCCUUUCCAGCAACAGAAAAUAUCACGUAGACGAUGCGUCGACCACCUCACCGUCAUCAAUUUGUAACGGCUUUGCCGCUUCGCCGGUCCUUCCGAAAUCUCAAAGCUACGGCUCAGGGAGCUCCGUUGAACCGCUGUACUCUGCCGUGCGAGCUACCGGGGUUGACGCAAGACUCUCCGCCGUAACUCCUGCCUUCUCUGCGCCGUCGUCAGGCAGUCAUACACAGGCCUCGAAGCUUAUCGAAUACUUCGUAGUCUUUGGUGUUGUCGAUCAAUUGUUUUUGAGAAAGCGGUACUUAUGGUUUAUAGCCAUCAAAAACCUUCAAUACUUCAAAGCUUUUCUCUGUGGUGAGUUCUCGGGAAUCACUUUUUUCUGCCGUUAG